UUGUUUAGUCCCAUUGUAUUGCCGCUUGUGUUUGAAUAUCAGUGAAAGCGGUAAAUUCAAAGAUGUCUCUCACGAUAACUGAGGCUUGGAUUAGAGAAAGGGUUCAAUUAAAUCACGAUAAUUUAGAUGAUGUACGAUCCCUGUCGUUACCUGGUACCUACCAGGAGAAGAUAGGUAGCCUGGGCAAUGCACUGUCCAGCUUUACCCGUCUCAAGCAGAUAGAUCUCUCUCGCAACUCACUCCAGAGUCUCCAGGGCUUCCAACAGCUCAAAGUUCUUGAGAAGCUCAAUCUGUAUUACAAUAACAUCAGCAGUCUGCAGGAGCUGAACAGACUGAGACACAACACCAGUCUUCAGGAGAUUGACCUUCGAUUGAACCCUGUCACGAAGAAUGAACCUGAUUACAGGCUCCAUCUGGUCCAUAUGUUACCAAAUCUCAGGAAAUUAGAUGACAGAUCAGUGAGAGAAUCAGAAAGGAAAUCGGCACUGCUUCACUUUGACACAGAUCAGGCGACUGGUAUGACGGAGCACAGCGCAUCAUCAGCAAAGGAUCCAUUGAGAGGAGAGCUACCCAGAACAAAACAUGUCAGAGGACUUGGGGGAAGAACAGCUGUAGAAGAAGACGACUGUGACCUGCUUGACCUCUUGGCUAGAACCGAUGGUGACCUUUCCCGACCUCGUCCAGUCACUGGGUCCAGUGUGGCCAACCCCUCUGUUGAUGUCCAGCUUACACAAGAUUACCAGAGACCCUACAGUCAGAGGACGCCACCUCGCAGGAGAGCAGGAUCCAAUACGUCCAGUCACAUGGCAGAGAGGGACAGGAGCUUGUAUCAGACAGAACCAUCCCAACAUUUAUCAGAUCGGGAGAGGUCGCAGCAGCUGCAAAGGUCAAGGGUUGAGGUCACUGAACCAGAGCAAGAGGUCAGAGGGCGUGUCGACUCCAACCUGAGGUUUACAGAUGAAAGUGAUGCGUAUUCAGCUUACUCCUCCAAAGUGAACUUUACACCAAAUCCAAAGUCUGGUGUCAGAGGAGAUUCCUCAUCUACAUAUGAUCUGCACCCAGUGCCAGGGGCAGGGGAAACGUUUGAUGAACCUCCACCAGUACAGAGAACCAUGAAACAGAAUGGAGCCGCCUCAGUUCCAGGAAUGAGCCAGAGCACGUUCCUAGACGGUCUCCUCAACCUUGUGGACAGAUACUGGAAUGGCAGCAAGUCUCUUCAUGCACAUUCAAAAUUUCAAGCUCAAGCCCAGUCACUCCUAGAGAAGCUUUUAACGGAUCACUCAGCCACCAGUCAGGAGCAUAUAGAUCGGCUUCAGCUGGACAUAGCACGCUGUAAACUGGGCUCUGCAGGUGGGAGAAUAGGCCAGCAGGCCACGGCAAUGGCAGGAUCGGAACUACAGAGGGCAUUGGAUACAUCGCAGAGAGAUGUGGAUCGGCUGUGCCUUGAGCUUCAGGAGGUGACAGAGGAGAAUAGGCAGCUCCAGGUCCAGCUCCAGGUCCAGGUCCAAGACUCCAGGAGAAAGGCUGCUGCGGAUGCUGCAUCUCAUGGAGAGAUCAAAGAAUCUGUUCACGGACAGAAGCUUCAGCAGGAGAAUGAGAAGCUAAAGUUACAGCUGAAACAUGUCACUCAGCUCCAGGAGCUAGCUACUAUGCUGCAAGAAAGCCACAAAUCCUUGGUUACCACAAAUGACCAUCUCCUCAAAGAGCUGGAUGAAACCAAACAGAGGCACAUGGAAGAGGUCAAGCAGCUCCACUGGUCUUACAACCAGCUCAAACAGACCAUGGACAUCACGAUGCCCCCCACCUACCCCCCUUCCCAGACCACCACCUCCCAUCAACCCCAGGGCGGGGCAGUCAAUGGGUACGACAGAGGGGAGGGAGAUCCUUCAACGCAACCGGGGUAUGGUAGUUACUCUCAGGGGAAGAAAGUGAAGGGGUUUAGCUAUAGCAAUGGGAACAUGUGAGAGUGGGGAUUAGUUGGUUGACAAUUCCUCUAGGAUAUGUUGUUAAAGUCAAACUUUAUGGGUUAGGAGAAUCCUACCACAUUGCCCAAGCACCGGGGAAAAAUGUGAAGAGGUGUGGUAACAGCUAUGGGAGCAUGUGAGGUUGGGCAUCGAGUGGUCAGGUCUGAUAAUUACCAGAUUUAAAUCGGUUUCCUGAUUUUUAAUUUUUUUUCCCCCGAUUUUUGUUUUUCUUCCUGAUUUUAAUUUUUUGAUUUUUUCUUCUGAUUUUAUCCUGAUUUUCCCUAUUUUUCCCCUAUUUUUCCCCUAUUUUCUCUAUGUUUCCAGAUUUUCCCCCCAAUUUUCUUACUCAAAAGGGGGCAUUGUUGUUAGAUCCCAGUUUUUUUCUCCCCGAAUCCUCUUCUUUUUUUUUUUUACUCAAAGGGGGCGUGGUUGAGGGAAAACCACCCCCCCCCUUUUUCUUUUAGUGCUCACUCUCACCCCGGGUGGUUGACAGUACCUCAAGGAACUCUUCUGCUGAGAGGCAAAAAGAUGUUUACUCUAUGUAAAUUAAGUUAACUCCCUUCUGGCUUUCAGGAGAUGAACUAUUCUUGAUAAAAAGAUAAACAUUUAUUUGAGUCAGGGGAUUCCUAACACACUUUCCAAUACUGGGAAAGAAGGUGAAAGGGUUCCGUUUGAUAGUAAUGGGAGCUUGUGAGUUUGAAAUUUGAACAGAUUUUGUUUGCCAUCACCUCACAGAAUUGUUUGUGAUAGGGAGAUCGCCAUGUAUAUCGUUUAGGGGAUUUGUACCACAAUGCCAGGGCACAGCAGUUACUGUUUAAGGAAUGUCAAGAGUUCUGUCAAGCCUGUGAAAAUUUUAUCUUUAUGAAUACAUGACAUUGUCUACCAUAUCGAUUAAAAAUUUCCUGUCUGUGGUUUAAUUGUCCAACUUUGGCAUUCCAUCAAUUGAUCAAAGUGGUUACUACUUAUGAAUUGGACAAAUUUGAGGUCACUGAAUUAAAAUGUGACGUUAUUAUGUGACAUAGAGGGCGAGAUUGAAGAGCAAAUGUAAAAGUACUAAUUCAUUGCAAAUCCUUGGACAGAAUUGAUGUGUACCUUUAAAAAAAAAGUUAUGCAUACAACUUGGGGAAAUUUUAACUGUUUAAUGUUCCAGACAACAUGUGACAAGACAAAUAGACAAUCAUUCAAUUAAGAUGCUGAUUAUGUAAUUCCUAAACAAUCAUGUAAAGUUAUGGAAAUUAUGAAGUUUUAGUUUUUGUAUCAAAAAAUCAUUUAGUCUAUGAUAGGUUGUCGUGGUGUUCUUUUAAUCACUUUGCUGUGGUUUUAGCACAGAAAUAUUAGGCUGAAUGUAAAAUAGUACAAGAUUUGUGAUAUUCUAUAAAAACAUAUCACACACAAAGUUGAAUGUACAUUUUGGAAUUGCCCAAUUCUACAGUUGUCCUAUAGUUUGAUAUUUAAAAAAUAAUCUAUUUUGUAUAGUUGAAUUUGAAAAUCAGUAUCUGAAAUGCUUAUAAUAUGAGGUUGUAUUGGAUAGAAAAAGUCACAAAUUCGUGAUGUGGUUGCUUCUUUGCAAAACACUGCCAUUUUAUUUGUAUAUUGUGAUUAUAAUGGAUACGCAAGGCAACUAAAUGUGAACUUAACAAAUAUUUGAAGCAUUAAAAAUGUAGGAUUGCCCUUCAAAUAUGUAUGGAUAUGUAUCUUGGUACUAAAACAUAUUUAAAACCAGUAUUAAUAUAUUAUUGGCAUUGGCAGAUGUAGGAAUAUAAUCAUCAGUACUGUAGUUGAGCUUGUGUGGAGUGGUAUAUACAUGUAUAUAUGGUUACAAAGACAUUCAUCAUCAACUGUUUGUGAGUGAUGAUUAGAAAGUGCAUGGUUAUCGCUCUUAUUCUUAUUUAUGACAUUUCUAGUGCCCUUUCAGGACCUAAAAUUGCUAUGAAGGUAAUUUUAGACCCCAAAGUGUAACAAACAGCAUUUCUUUUGCACAAAAUCAGUGUUAAUGAUUUAUUGUGUACAUUUAGGGAGCAUAUUGAAAUAUUUGUAAGCCUUCAAAGAAGAUUUAGAUGGAUAUAUAUCAAUUUUGAGGUCAUCAGUUUUUUAAUAUGUUUUACACAGAUUAAGCUUUGCUGCUCUUGAGCACAUCAAGCAAUUGUUUAUUUCACAAAAUGCAAGAACAUUUGUCUUUUUUUAUCACAGUUUUUACAGCGUUUUGUUGCUGUUGUGCCGUCCAUUUUUUUUUCUUCAGGUAAACAUUGCACUUAAUUACAUUCCAAACUGGUCAGUAUCAUUUUGCUAAUAUUGCCAUGACGAUUAACUUUCUGCAGAGUGUGAAAACGAUGUAAAAUAAACUUGAUGUGUCACUUGUACUCCA